GGGGCCGCCUCGGCUUCCUUGGGCGGAGGGCUGGCGCGGCCAGGGACGCGGGGCCGCACCUGUGCUGGUGGCUGCGGCGGCGGCAGCGGGAGGCCGGGCGACCUGCUGGGCGCGGGCGCGGGCGCGGGACCGUGACGUGCGCGAGGAGCGCGGGGCUGCGCUCGGGGGCGCUCCUGGGCGCUCGCCGCCGCGCCUUUGAGUCAGCAAACUCCGCCGCCCGCCUGCGCGCUGGCCGUGAGCUGCUCGGCUCUGCCCGGAGGAGUCGCCCGUAAGUGACAGGAGACCGGCUGGGGAGGCCUUCUCCGCGCCGCCGGGGAUUGAUCGUGUCCUGUGCUGAAGAUGUUUCCAGAACAACAGAAAGAGGAAUUUGUAAGUGUCUGGGUCCGAGAUCCUAGGAUUCAGAAGGAGGACUUCUGGCAUUCUUAUAUUGACUAUGAGAUAUGUAUUCAUACCAAUAGCAUGUGUUUUACAAUGAAAACAUCCUGUGUACGCAGAAGAUAUAGAGAAUUUGUGUGGCUAAGGCAGAGACUCCAAAGUAAUGCAUUGCUGGUACAACUGCCAGAACUUCCAUCUAAAAACUUAUUUUUCAACAUGAACAAUCGCCAGCAUGUAGAUCAGCGUCGUCAGGGUUUGGAAGAUUUCCUCAGAAAGGUCCUCCAGAACGCACUUUUGCUCUCAGAUAGCAGGCUUCACCUCUUCUUGCAGAGCCAUCUGAAUUCGGAAGACAUCGAGGCGUGCGUUUCUGGGCAGACUAAGUAUUCUGUAGAAGAAGCAAUUCACAAGUUUGCCUUGAUGAACAGACGUUUCCCUGAAGAAGAUGAAGAAGGAAAAAAAGAAAAUGAUAUAGAUUAUGAUUCUGAAAGUUCAUCCUCUGGGUUUGGACACAGUAGUGAUGACAGCAGUUCACAUGGAUGUAAAAUGAGCCCAGCUCCGCAGGAAUCCUGAAAAAUAAUUCUAAUGUUACCAUCUUAGGAAUAGCCAAUUAUGUCCAGUCAUAGAGAAGAAAGCUCGCUAAUAAUAUAUUCUUACCUAAAGCUCACUGUCAUGAUAUUAGGUAUUUAAAUUCUUAAAGAUGUUGGGUUGUGUAUUAGUGGUAUUUUUAUGUUGUCUUAUUUUGGCUAAGCUUCUGUAAAAAGCUAAAAGCCUGUGAAUGCAAUACUCUCCUUUAUAGGCAACCAUUAGUGGUAAAGCUAGAGCCUGCCCUCAAAUGACAUGAUUUAUCUGUUUAAAAAACCUAGUUGGGUUUUAUUGAAUUUUAAAAGAGAGGUAAAUAGGUAGCAUUUAAAAUCCAGAUAGAGCAUUCCUUCUCGUAUCAAUGGGCAGUGUUCCCGUAAACACAGCAUGUAUGAUCUUAACCACUGUGAAUAUUGACAGCGUGGACCAUUCUGCCUCUUUCAGACAUGCGGCUCGUGUUUUGUGGGUACCUCCCCUGCACUGGGAAGACACUUUGCUUUUGGGUGUUUGCAAUAUUUCAAGAGUGUUUAACAUUUCCAGUAUUCUAUUGCACACUUAGAUGGAAAAUGUAUCUCAUGCAUAGAGACUUGUUAAAAUAAUGUUUACAUCUUAGGAAAAAAGAAAUAGUGUUAGUAAUUGUGCUUAUACUUGCAAUAUAUAGAUUCAGAAAUACAUUUUCAUCAUCCAAAAUCAGCUUUAACACAUGGUUUCUGGAAACAAAUCAUUUGUUUUCAUUAUCAUUGUGUAAUUAGAAUUACAGGUUAAUGAUUUAUUUUCUGACUAAACGUGCAAUUUCUUAUCACUAGGUAACUUUCGGUGUCAUGGUGGUUACUUGUUACUUAUCUCUGAGUUAGAAGUAGGAUCUUAUAAAAAUUAAUAAAUUUGACCAGUAAAUGUUCCCAUAAUUUAGAAAAGGAUAUCAACUUGCUAAUUUCACAAUUAAAUAUUCAUUUUUAAAAAGCCCUUUCUUUUUAGGCAUCUGCCUGAGGAUUGGCAUAAUUUAAUAAAAUAUCUGUUUUUUCAGUGGCCCAAAAAUACAAUGCUUUGAUAAACUACAUUGAACUUCAAAUUUCAGAUGAGGCAGCAUUUUCUUGAGAUAAUUAUCGAAGUUUCUUCCUUGUUGAAUGAUACAAAAUCUCUCUGAAACUAACAGGAAGGUAUUUUUACAUAACUGGGAUAACUUGUUGCUAUAAUUGUUACCUCACCUCAUUUUAUUUUAACUAGUAAUUUAAAAGUUAUUGUAAGUCCUCGAAAUGCUUGUAACUGAGAACCAACAGAAAAAAAGUUAAAUUUAGAAUAAGAAUGAUUUCCUUCAUUUUCCCUUCUUGUUUUCGGUUGGUCAUUGAACUUUUGUAAAAUUUUGAUUUAAUGUAUCUUGGGUCCUGUUACUUUAUCAUCUAAGACUCAUUAUUUUAAUGCAGGAAAAAAAAAGAUUUAGCAAUUUCUUUUGGUCUAGCUUACAUGUAAAGUAUGCCAUCCAGUCAUUUAAGAGCCAUCCCCAACUCCUCGGCAAUAUGUAUUUGAAUUCACAUUAUUUCUGUUUUACAGCAGUUUUGAAUAGCAUAUAUUGUGUCACUGAGUGUCAUAUUAUUUGUAAGUGAUGUAACAUAGCCAUCAAAAUUGGUAUCAAGUAAUGCCUAAUACUGUGGGAUGUAAACUUCACGAGAUCAUCGUUUCACAUUAAAUAUGAAAAAAUCAACU